AUUCAGCUACACAAUAAACGCAGAACUCAUAGUUGUUGUGACCUUACGUUAGUGCAGACGCGUAUUGUGCAGUGAAAUAACAAGGAUAACUUGGAAAAUCACAAAUAAACAACACGCGUUAUCGGUGUUCUAAAUUGAAAACUUGAAUUUUAAAGAACUUGAACGCAAAAUGGCCACCUAGUGCAAUUAGUUAGAUAUGAAGUGGUUGGCAUUGCUGUCGCUGAUUGCAGCGAACCUGGUGCGACUGCCAGCGCCUGUGGUGAGGAUCAGCAGCGGGCUCAUCCGGGGCAGGGUCAGUGAGAACGGCAAGUUCUAUGAGUACCUCGGCAUACCUUACGGAACUGUUGACGAGAGGAAUCGAUUUCAGGCACCGCUUCCACCUCCAAAAUGGGACGGUAUCUUGGACGCCCAGAACGAAAACACGUGGUGCCCACAAAAACCAAUGGGCAUUUACAUCGGCGAACCGAACUGCUUGAAACUGAACAUCUACGUGCCAGUCCAGGCUAGAACUAAGCUGUCAGUCAUGGUCUACAUCCACGGCGGGUGCUUCUUCGGCGGAACGGCCUCCCCAUUUUUAUACGGUGGGGACUUCUUCGCGGAAAAUAAUGUUAUUUUUGUCGGGAUAAACUACAGACUGAGUGUGGAAGGCUUCCUCUGCCUUGGCAUCAAAGAAGCGCCAGGCAACGCUGGACUUAAAGACCAGAUAGCAGCUCUGAAGUGGAUUCAGAAAAAUAUAGCCAAUUUUGGUGGAGAUCCAAACAACGUGACCUUAUUUGGGGAAAGCGCAGGCGCUGUUUCCACGUCUUUUAUGAUUCUUUCGCCAGCUGCUAGAGGCUUAUUCCAUAAGGCAAUACUACAGAGCGGGUCUUCGCUCGCCCCCUGGGGUCUACAACACGAUCCGUUAAAGACUGCUAGUACUUUAGUAAGGAAAUUCGGUUACUACACUCUCGAUCCUUACGAAAUUCACAGUAUUCUAUCAAAUAAGACUGCCAAAGAAUUAAUUAGUGUAUUGAAUAAUGAAGAUAAGUAUUGUGUGGCUGAUGAGCUGAUAUUUGUACCGUGCGUGGAAAAUGAACUCGAUGGGGUUGAGCCGGUCAUUACUGAGUAUCCGAGUGAGGUUAUCAAGAGGAACUACACCAAAGUCCCCAUGAUCAUAGGAUACACUGACAAUGAAGGCAUAUACUUCGUAUCAGCGGAUUACGGCACUAGCUAUAAGAACAAUUCGAAUAUUGACAUCAUGACGAAUUUGCAGCCCGACUUGGAGUUUCCAAGCAUCUGGGACAAAAACUGUACUGCCGAAAGGCUCCAGAGACACUACUUCUCAUCAUCAGACGAUGAUGAAAUGAUUAUGAACGUGGUGAAUUUGUAUUCGGACGUGCAUUUCAAGUUCCCGUUGAUUUUGGAGUCGGAGAUGUAUGCGAGGACAACAGACCAGCCAAUUUACUACUAUCUGUUCAAGUAUAGUGGAACGAUAAACAUGCCGAAGAUUAUCUCAGGGUUUGGGCUGACGAGGGGCGCAUCUCAUGCUGACGAACUGUUCUAUAUGUUCAAGCCACACUCCUUCCCGCUGCCUCACAGAUAUCUAGAGAACUCCAUGAUCAACCGCAUGGUGAUGUUGUGGACCAACUUCGCCAAAUACGGGGAUCCAACACCAAAGCCAACGCGUCUACUACCCUUCCGCUGGCGCCCGAGCCGGGAAGCGAACCCGAGAGCGCUGGUCAUCGAUUCAACCAUAACCACUGCGCCCAUGUGGGACCAAAGCUCUGUCAGAGUUUGGAACGACACGUACUCUAAAUACAGAAGAAAGAAUUACGGGUUUAAAGAUUACGCCAUUAAGUAUAUGAAAAGAUGAUUCGUGUAUACAUUACAUAGUUAUACCAGCCCAGCAUUAUACAGGGUCAAUUUGAUAUUGCGUUACUAAAUGAAACCACGUACUAGUUUUCUGGAAAAUAACAUUUCACAAGAAGUUAUUCGAAUCGUAGAUAAAAUAAAAAGGUAUAAAUAUUGACAAAAAUAAAUACAGUAAAAAAAUACUGAUAUUACUCUAAGAAAAUAUGUCACAGCGGUAACAUAAUAUUUUAAGUUAGAAUACACUCAAUCCACAAACCACAUUCGCACUAAACUACAAAAUAAUAAAAAUCUGAAAAAUAAAACUAGCAUUUUUGAUUUAAAUAUUUGUUGUUUAUGAAUGUUUUGUCAGUGUUAGCAGACAUAAAGACAAAUAUGGUAUUCAUUUUUAACGCAAUUUCAAAAUAACCCUGUAUACUAGCAAUUGCUGGGCACGGGCCUCCUCUACUACUGAGAGGGUUUAGGCGUUAGACCACGCUGAUCUAGUUCGGAUUAGCGACUUGACAUACCUUCGAAAUUCCUAUAGAAAACCUCUCGAGUAUAAUUUACUAAGAAUACACUAAACUUUAGAAUACACUAAACUUUUACUGUUCAUAGUAACUGUUCUUUUGGUCUACAUUAUGUUUUUAUUUAUAGCCUCACAAAACUGGUUGAUACACUAAUUGUUAUAAUAUAACUAUAUUACGUUGAAUAUACAAUAUCAAAUUACUGCAUACAAAAAAAUAUGACCUACACAAAUAAGAAGCAAAACGAAAAACGAAAAUUGAUGUAUUUAGAAAAUAUUUAUUUAUAAUAUUUAAACACGCUUUUUUUAAAUACUUUGGCAAUUCUUUUUGGCUUACAGCUCAUAAGGAAACUAAAUGUAAAUCUUACAUCUAGGUAAUAAAUUAAAAGUAUAUAUUGUAACAGUAACUUUUCAUACGACCAAAACGGUUCGCUCCAUGACAAAGAAGGCUGCAGGACCUUCGAAAUAUCGCGCCGGGAACAAAUUAUCGCCAUAAAACAGUUUAGUUUCAAUUAAAAGUAUUCUAAUUAUUUUUCCCAGAAUCCGAUAGGUUGAAUAAAUCCCUAAUUUUCGGUUCUUUUCUCUGCUUGUUUUACUUUCCCAAAACGGGUCGGUUUUUUGUCCACGGGUAGGAUUUAAUGUCCACAGAAAAUAUUAAUAAGUGGGAUAUUUGGUGAUAGCGGAUUCUAGUCGCCGGGUUAUUUAUUGGUUCAUUCAUUUGUUGUGAUAUAUUGUCAUAUUACAUUACAUACAUUGAUAAAACACUGUUGAAAUAAUUUUUAUUUUUAUUUAUUCCAAACAAAAUUAACAAUAUUACAUAUAAAUCAAAAAAAGUCAACAAAAAAAAUUGAACUAAUUGCAAUUUGAAUAACACGCAACCACAACAUGCGCUAGAUUAAAAAAAAAAAAUAAAAGUAUUAAAAUGAAAAAUCAGAUCAACAAUAUUAAUCUAAAUUUAAAGUUAGUAGAUAAUUAUUAUGAAUCCUUUACAUAACAUUUUUAUCAAGUUGCAUCUUCGUCCGCGUGUAUGUAUUGUGCCGGAUAAAAGUUUCUACAAGAACAGUUUCUUAUUACUAGAUGAAAAUCUGCUUGACGACUUCAAAGGGUUAGGUGUAUUGCGUAACUACUAGUAUUGGGUCUCUGGCUCGAAUUCCAGGUCGGGCAAAGUGAUAAUGUCUUUUUCUACUCAAUAUUAACCCGGAUUCCUUGCUCGAUAUGGCGAUAGUCUCGACCGUUAUCACAUCAUGGGACUAAAUACCCAAAGUGGAUGCGAAAGUUGCAUCUCUGCGUACCCCUUCGGAAGUAAAAGAGGUACGUGUGUUGGAAAAUUAAUCUGAGAUUUUUAGUAAAUUAUCUAUAUGAAAUACGUCGAUCCGUAAUUGAAACUAAGUUAAUUUUGAUACGUCUCUACUUUCCAGAGAUUAUCCCUAUAAAUCACAAACAUUGCCUCUAUAGUAAUAUAAAUUGAGUAAAUAUUCUCUCUAAAUUCCAUCAUGCCAGUAACACCAAAAUACAUGUCAAAAUUUAGAAAAUUCAAAGUAAAUCAAGCACAAAGCGAGUGGUUAUUCCAACCGACCAUUAAUAUGUGUACACGAAAUCCCUGUGCAAAUUUCAACCGAAAUCGUUCAAAAGGGAAUAUAAUGUUUGUUGAGGGUUGGAUCAAACGGCCAGUGCGUUACAAUGUACAUCGUGCACGAUACAGUCAACUACUAACCGUGUAGAAGGAGCUUUUAUUAAACCAGUCAAACUUGAUGGUAAGUGACCAUCAAGUAAUCGUACUCACCUUCCUCUGUCUGAUUCGAUUCUAAUAUUGAUUAAUUUUAAGCAUUUUGCGAAAAAAAAUACUUUUGAAUAUAUAAGGACCGUGCAAAUCUUGUUAGAAAAACUCAAACACAAGCUUUCCUGACUUAGAAUUUGAAUCCGAAGUCACACAUGCUGCUACUAGAUUAAAAAUACAACUAAUCGUAUUGAAAAAGACAAGGUUUUUUAUAUCACCCCACACUGAAAUGCAGGCUUUGUGUCGAGGGUAUCAUGGGAUGACACGAUACUCCUUUGGUCCUUACAACCCAAGCCUAACAGAAAUAUAACUAGAUCAAUAAUUUUUUGAGAAUAAAUCCACAAUUUACGACUUACAACCAUUUACACCACCUACAGCCUUACUUCUCAGUGAUAUUUUAAAUGCGAAAGUUUGUGAAAUGUUUAUAUGUUUGUUAAAAGUAAACGCAAAAACAUCUGAACGGAUUUGGAUGAAAUUUGUCACUCGCAUGGAUUAUGAUCUGGAUUAACAUAUAAGCUUUAUAUCUUGGCAAUUUUCUUCCAUAGAUAUAAUGGACUAUUUAUGAAAUUUUGAAUAGAUGUAGCAGUGAGAAGUUGACAUCAAUUGGUAGAAAGUUUUAUUGUUUUUAUUUUAUAGGAAGGAGUCAUUACGCAAGCGAAGCUACCACCAAGAACACUCAAUAAAACAUUUGUGAAGUGAAACUUCUUCAGAAUCGUUGUGAUUUGAAACUCGAUGAAACGAAAAUGCGUCACGAUAUUUGAAAAAGGAAAAACAUUCAACCAGCCUGCAUGCUACAUUUUGCAUCAAUUUAUUUGACUACUGUUCUUUACUCAACUGUCGCCAAAGCAACCAUUAAUACCUUUUUUUUUAAUUCAUGCUCCUUCUAACCGAGUACACGCUGUAAACCUAAUGAAAAGCAAAUAGUGCGAGUGGAGGAAUAAAAAACCGAGCUAUGUUUAGACAGGCGCGGUGUUCACGCCCAAUUGAGCUACUGGCCGACCGCUUUGUUAAAAGUCUAGCGUUUCGAUACAGACCUUAGUGAAAACGAAUGUAUGGUAAGGUAGUGACCGAAAAUCAGCCUCCUAACAAGGCCCAGUGGCUUUUGUUUUUUUCAUUUGUUGCGAAUACAUACUACGUAGUAGUAGUGAUAUGUUGCAAUUCAAUCAGCGUUCUCUUUAUAUUUUUUCAUGAAACGAUUUUAUAGAAAUUUUAAAAUUAGGUGGGCCUUCAACGGUUCCUUUACCUUAGUAUAUCAAUUUAUUUUGAUACUAUGUUACGAAAAAUACACAAUUUAAGAGUAAUACGAAAAGGCAUCGAAAGUCAAUUAUUCAGAUUCUGAUAUGUCUAGGAUAGACGCAACUAGUGUUUUCAGUUUACUUCCGAGUGUUUUCUAUCCUAUUAUAUUUUAAGUAGUCUUAUCAUUCCUAGAAUAUGUAUUGUACUAUCAGUUUUGGACAUUUUGUGCUCACUAAAUCUAUAUUCUAUAAUUCAUCAGUUGUCUUAACACAUUUGUCUGUUCCUCUUACAUUUCUAAUCAAACUAUUUAAGAGAAGAUACGCUCAACUUUACGAAUACAUUUAGUCGUAUGAAGUGCGAACAAAAACAGGUAGCGGUAAACUCAUAACCUCCGCCACGUCGUAAAUAUGCGGAAUAGCGCGUUAACACGACAACUAACAAAAGGCAAAAAGCGUUCUACAUAGAUAAUGCUAAGUAAUAAUUUAAAAUGAACAAUAUACAUAAAUCGCGAGGGGCCGCCCCUCCAGCGCCCCUCCCGCGCCCCUCCCGCGCCCUCGGCCGUCACAAACGGGCAAGUUUUCAACUUACAUUGAGAGUGCUCCCGCCGGCUGUUUGUGCGUCUGUCAACUAUGUUAAUAGCGAAAACUUUGGUGCAGGUGCGGAAUUGGUUAGCGAUAGGGGGAUCAUACCUCACCAUUGUUCAAAAAACAAACACACAUCGCGUCUUUAUCUCCGAAAAGGUAGGCAGUGAUGCAAAGGGCAAUUGGUAUUCGCCAAGUGUGUUCCGUUCCACGAUGUGAUAGCGUGCGAGCCUAUCGCUGUUUCGGGCAUAAAUUUUAUACUCCGGGCUGACGGUGAGCAGCAAAACACAAAUAUAAAUAUUACUUUGUCCGACCAGGGACUUGAACCGGGGAGCUCAAAGCAGUGGUAGAACGGAGCACCCAAUACAACUAGGCCACCAAGGCAGUCUCCAAUGAUUCAUUCAUUUCUUGAAAUUGACAAUUGAUAUUUUGCGUUCAAAUAAAAUUUUCAUAAUUCAA